CUCAAUUUCACUAUAUGAUCAUUUCAAAUGUUAACUAUUGUGUAGCUGCUUACUUUUCUUAUUUUUAUGUUAGGGGAAUAUAUAGAUGUGGUUUUUUUUUUUUUCACCAGAAUGCUCUUAGUCUAUAAAGAUGUACAUAGGAAUGAAACAGAUAAUUUAGAACCUAUCCAAUUGUUUGUCCAGAGUACUAUCAACACAAAAAUUUGGGUUAGGAGGUUCUGCUCAGCUGUCCCAGCCGUGCUCCAUGGCCGAUCCGGAAGAAGCGCGGGCUCCUCCGCCGCUCUCUCGUCCCUCGUCCUCGGGCACUUCUUCAGUAUCUUCCCCGAGGGCCCCAGAGAGCUUGGACUGGCCGGUUCUGAGCAGCAGCAGCAGAGCGGUGGACCCGCUGGAAGAGGUGGAGAUGCGGAUCGGAGAUGCAGCAUUUUCAUUAACCAAACUUAUUGAAGCUACAUCUGCAGUAUCAGCUCAAGUGGAAGAGUUUGCCUUCAAAUGUACAGAAAAUGCACGUUUCCUUAAAACAUGGUGGGACCUCUUGAAAGAAGGUUAUGAUUCCUUGAAGCCUGACAAUUAAUUUGGCUGGAACUUCAUUCCUCAUUUAAGAUAUUUGCACACAUGCCUUAUUACAAGAUAAUCUCUAACAGUUCUGUAUAUGCAGGGUGAAAUUUUUUCUUAGUUUUCUUCAUAUUUCUGAAAGCAAAAUACUGAAAGGAUUUUUUAUGC